UGGAUUUCCUCAUUGACGAAACAGAAAUCCGAAGCUCUACACCUGGGAAUUCUAAACGUAAUGAUGGAUGAUCUUGAAAUUCAGUCUGAAGUUCAGCCUAACACUGAUGUUUCUACCGCCACCAACGGUCCUCUUCCUCCCGUGGAUGGCGGUCGGGAUGCAUGGCUUGUGCUCAGUUCUUGUUUUCUUCUGAGAGCUCUGGUUUGGGGCUUUCCGUACGGUUUCGGCGUGUUCCAAGAGUAUUAUGCCCGGCAAGAACAAUUUUCUGGACAGAUAUCAGGCCUUGCAGCUAUCGGGACAACAGCUUCGGGUAUAAUGUAUCUAAUGGCGCCCUUCGUUUACGCUCUCCUUCAGCGCCACCCGACACACCGCAAAACUUGCAGUGUAGUCGGCUUUGUCAUCAUUCUGGGAAGCUUUGUCGGAGCAUCCUUUGCUAACAAGGUUUCCGACCUUUUGGCAACGCAGGGAAUCCUAUUUGGCUUCGGAGGCUCGUUGCUUUAUUUCCCGGUAUUUGUUUUUGUGGACGAAUGGUUCGUCGAAAGACGCGGUCUUGCAUACGGCGCACUCAUCGCGGGAGAUGGUGCUGGCGGUGUCAUUGUACCAUUGACAAUGGAAUGGGUCCUCAACACUUGGGGAUUUCGGACCGCAUUACGUAUCUGGGCUAUCGUCUACGUUAUAUUAGUCACUCCAGCCUUGUUCUUCUUGAAACCUCGCCCAGCCAACAACGAAGAUCAGCAAGCCAAUCGAACGUUUGACAUGAGAUUUCUGAAAAGUCCCGCCUUUUGGAUUCUCCAGCUUGGGAACUUCAUACAAGGUCUUGGAUACUUCAUGCCACUUUACUAUAUGCCUUCUUUUGCUGCCUCACGUGGUUGGCCUUCUAUCACGGGAACCAUUGCGCUAUCCCUCUGUAAUGCAGCCAUUGUAGCUGGCGCGAUUAGCGUAGGGUGGCUGACAGACCGAUAUCACGUCACAACCGUCAUCAAUAUCUGUACUCUGGGUACUCUGUGUGCCGUGUUCCUGUUCUGGAGUUUUUCCGUCUACCAACCGGUACUCUACAUUUUCGCCAUUCUGUAUGGUUUGUUUGCUGGCGGGUUCCCCGCAACCUGGGUGGGCUGUUGUAAGCCAGUGCGCCGUCGUUAUCCUGUCGAGACGGGUAUGAUCAUCGCACUCUUCACGGCCGGGAAAGGCGUGAGCUCUAUCAUCUCUGGCCCUUUAAGCGGGGCUUUGGUUGAGGCUGAUAGCUGGAGGAGUGAAGUGGGAUAUGCCUAUGGCAGUGGAUACGGCUUUUUGAUAGUUUUCUGUGGUGUUACAGCAUCCUUCGCCAGCAUUGGAUGGAUCGGGAAGAGAUUGGGAUUAGUUUAG